AUGGAACAAGUUGAUGUCACCAUUGUUGGAGGUGGCCCUACCGGCCUCUUCAUUGCCCUUCUUCUGAAGCCUCUGGGUGUUUCGGUCCGAGUGCUGGACGAAAAGCCAUCUACGCUUGAGCUUGGUCGAGCUGAUGCCUUGAAUGCUCGCACUCAGCAGUACUUUGAAGUCGCUGGUAUUCUCGAUGAGCUCCUCCCAGAUGGCCUCAAGUGCAACACAAGCUCUACCUUCAAGGAUGGAGACUUCAAGUCCCGCCAGAACGAAUGGUGGGUGGGCAUCCAGAACGCCCUUCACAAGAACUUCCUCAUGAUCGGCCAGCCUGUGGUCGAACAGGUCAUGAACAAUCGACUUGAAGGUGUCGUUGCUUACAAUGAGCACGUCACCGACAUCACAGAGACCGAUGACUUUGUUGAAGUCACGACAAGCUCAGGUCGCAAGAUCCAGAGCAAGUACGCUGUUGGUGCCGAUGGUGCGAGGUCCUUUGUGAGGAACACUCUGGGCAUUAGCUUCACCGGCACAAAGCCCGAGAUGGUCUGGGCUGUCCUCGAUACCUUCCUGGAUACCGAUUUCCCCACCUGCCCUGAGAUUAUCACCUUUGAGCUGGACGGCCAAUCUCGGGUGGCCUGGAUCCCUCGAGAGCGCGGCAUGUCCCGCUUCUACGUUCUUCUCAAGGGAGAAGUCACUCAGCCGCUUGCUGAGGCAUCGAUUAAAGAGCAUCUGGCUCCUUACAGAGUCGACUUCAAGAAGACUGAAUGGUUCAGCACCUUUACCAUUAAGGAGAGGAUCGCCGGAUCCUUUGUCUCUAAGGAUGGCCAUGGCCGCAUCUUCCUUGCUGGAGAUGCUGCCCACGUCCAUUCCGUCAACGGCGGUCAAGGCCUGAACACGGGUGCUGCCGAUGCAUUCGCUCUAGCCUGGCGUCUCAGACUCCUUGUCCAACCUUCCCUUUUGGCUGAGAGCGCGCUUGAAAAGGUCAUCCAGAGCUACGACAUUGAGCGAAGAUCUACAGCCGAGCAAGUCAUCGGCGUCGCAGCUAAACUAGUUCGAGACACGGUCCAUGAGGCCAAGAAGUAUGUGUCCACGAUUGAACGAAAUGCUGGUUUCAUCACAGGCAUGGGUGUCAGCUAUAAUGAGUUCCCUACUCCGCUCAUCAGUGGGGAGCAGCAGGGGAUCUGGAGACCAGGCGAUCGCUGCCCUGACAUGGUCUUGGCCACCGGCUCUGACGAGACUAGACUGUACUCCAGUGUUUCGUAUGGGAAGUUCUUGGUGUUGUCUAUUGGACAGCAUCUCAAGGAUGCACCUGGUAAUGAUCAGGUUUCUGUCUUUACGGUACUGCCACAGGGAGUCGCGAAUGGACACCAUGAGCUGGCUGAAGGGGAGAUUGUGUUCUCGGCGGAUUGGGCCGAUGCAAGCAAGCCAUCGGUGGUGGUUGUAAGACCAGACAUGUACAUUGGAUACGUGAGCCAAAGCGUCGAUGACGAUGGCUGGAGUGCAUACUUGAGCAACAUCCUGGCUCAGUCUUGA